AUGGAUUCCCCACCACCCAUUACCACAUCGCCGUCCCCAUCCGAGGCCGCGACAACUGGCGAAGACGUCGUGGUGGCCUUAGCGCUCACAUCCGCCCCGCUCGCCAGCGGCGACGAAGGCGGCACGCUCUUCCUCCUCGUUGCGCUCGCCACGAGCGCGCCCCAGAAGUCCGUCUUAUCGCCUUUCUUCCCUUUGCAGUUCUCAGCCUUGAGGAUGCCCUCCGUGGUCGACGGCGGCGGCGGUGGCGGAGGAGGUUGGAACGUUUCAAUAGCCGGCAGCGUCACCUCGACGGGCGUGUGUACGCCGAAGCGUCUUCCCCAGCGGCAUUCAGAGGGAUAG